AUGAACGUAGCCUCUUCCGACGACGAACACUAUCUCCUGCCUGUUGACGACGUGCACCAAUAUGACGAUCUGGACGACGGAAUGUUGGCUCUGAGCUUGGCUCUGACUCAUUUUUCAACCACCGAAGACAGGUUUAUCAAGGACCACGACUUGAAGAUCAGGGCAUUCGAAGCACUUCAGGACCAGAACGAAAAAGAUGGUCAUUCCAGACGCAGCUCAACCGCACGCUCCUCGAAACUGUUUGGCCGUCAGCGUAGACAGUCGGUGAUUGACUUGCCUACGACUUUCCACCCUCACCCGCUGGUGGCGACUCAAGGGAUCAACUUGCCCGGGAAGCAACCCAGAGACCACACAAAUGCGUUGCCUGAGGAGUAUCCUUCAAGUGAACUAGUGGACUUGUUUGAGAAGGUCAAGAUGUGCUUGGACAUGAGACACAAGUAUAUGGACUUGUCCUUGCAGAGAAAUGAGUUGGACAACCCAAAGAACCACGAUGACUGGGUCAUCUACCCUCCUCCGCCAAAGCCAACGUACAAGCUGAAGAACAAGUUCAACCAGCUUCCGGGCCAGCACUUGGAAGAGGAGGAGAUCGAGAUGAGCAAGUUCCCUGUUCCUGACAAAGACAUGACUGACAAGUAUGAAUUGAGACACAAUGCUGAGGACGUCUACCAGAUCAUUGAUAAAGAGACAGGUGAGCCGAUCUCUCAUGCUCCAACUUUGCGUGAGUAUUACACAGACUUGAAUAAGAUCGCCAGAAUCUCCUCUGAUGGGCCUAUCAAGUCCUUUGCCUUCAAGCGUCUUGAGUAUUUGGAGACAAAGUGGAACAUGUACUACUUGCUUAAUGAUUUUGAAGAGAACAAGCAAUCUAAGGGCAACCCUCAUAGAGACUUCUACAACGUUAGAAAGGUGGACACCCAUAUUCACCACAGUGCUUGCAUGAACCAGAAGCAUUUGUUGCGUUUCAUCAAGUAUAAGUUGAAGACUGUGCCGGAGGAGCAAGUCAUUUUCAGAGACGGAAAGCUUUUGACAUUGCAAGAGGUGUUUGAUUCGUUGAAGCUUACUGCCUACGACUUAUCGAUUGACACUUUGGAUAUGCACGCCCACACAGACACUUUCCAUCGUUUUGACAAGUUCAACUUGAAGUAUAACCCAAUUGGUGAAUCUCGUUUGCGUGAGAUCUUCUUGAAGACGGAUAACUUCAUCAACGGGAAGUACUUGGCCGAAAUCACAAAACAGGUUUUCGAAGAUCUUGAGAAUUCCAAGUACCAAAUGGUAGAAUUAAGAAUCUCCAUUUAUGGUCGCUCAUAUGAUGAGUGGGACAAGUUAGCCAGAUGGAUUGUCGACAACAAGUUGUUUUCUCACAACGUCAGAUGGUUGAUCCAGGUGCCAAGACUUUACGACUUGUACAAGAAGAACGGCAAUGUGAACAGCUUCAACCAAAUCAUGACCAACUUGUUUGAGCCACUUUUCAAAGUGUCACUCGACCCCAAGCUGAACCCUAACUUGCAUAUCUUCUUGCAAAGAGUGGUUGGUUUCGACUCUGUGGAUGACGAGUCCAAGCCAGAGAGACCAAUCAAUGCCAAGUACUUCCCUCCAGCAUCUGAGUGGGAUGGUGACAAAAACCCUCCAUAUUCUUACUACUUGUACUACCUCUACGCUGAUUUAGUUGCGUUGAACAGACUAAGAGCUGGAUUGGGCUACAACACUUUCGUUCUUAGGCCACACUGCGGUGAGGCUGGUGACCCAGAGCAUUUGAUCUCUGCAUUUUUGACCACCCACUCGAUUUCCCACGGUAUCAGAUUGCGCAAGCUUCCUUUCGUCCAGUACUUGUUCUACUUGGACCAGAUCGGAUUGGCUGUUUCGCCAUUGUCCAACAACGCCUUGUUUUUGACCUACGACAAGAAUCCAUUCUUCAGCUUUUUCAAGCGUGGUCUCAAUGUGUCUUUGUCUACGGACGAUCCGUUACAGUUUUCGUACACUAAAGAGCCAUUGAUCGAGGAGUAUUCUGUGGCGGCACAAAUAUACAAGUUCAGUGGUGUGGACAUGUGUGAGUUGGCCAUGAAUUCGGUGAAGCAGUCAGGAUAUGAGGCAGCCAUCAAAAAGCACUGGCUCGGAAAAAACUACAUGGCAGGGGGUGUUGCAGGCAACGAUAUUGAGAAGACUAACGUGCCCGACAUUCGUGUCAGUUAUCGUGAGGAGACUCUCCAAAGCGAAUUGAAUCUCGUCAAAUACUAUACAUCUUUGGACAAGGAUAAAAUUUGA